GUCAAAGAUUUUAUUUGCAAAAAGAAAAAAGUCAGUUGGAGUGACGUAUGGGGUGGCGCUCUUUUAUUAGCAAGUGUGCUAGUUGCAAAUAUCGACCAGAGAUGGAAAUACACAACACUUCUGAGUUUUCUGAGUAUAGUACGGUACGGUACGUCCUCUACCAAAAUAAAUUCAAUUUGAAUAUUUACGGGGUAGCCUUGUCGUCCCAGUGAGGAGUUUGCAUGUGUAGUUGUAUUCUCCGACUGAGUACAAUUUAUGCUGUGUUCAUCUUGACGUAUUCACAUUGGCAACAGAAAAUUUGUCGUUUUUCGACGGAAACCUUAUUAUUUAGUGGACAGAUUAAAUAAAACCAUGGAGGGAAACGCCACCAAGAGCGUUCAAUCAGACAAUGUCGGCGAAUACGAACUUUCAUACGGCAACGAUUAUUACUAUAUAGCAAACAAGCUAGAUGUUGAUAAAAUCGCAAUACCUUUCACUUGGACAUUGUUCAUUAUAGUCGGUCUUGUUUGCAACAGUAUCGUCAUCUAUGUGGUGUGUAGAUUUGGCACAAUGCGAACAGUCACAAAUUGUUACAUCGUCAAUAUUUCUGUGUCUGACAUCGUGUUUUUGCUCCUCUGCGCCCCGUUCACUACCUUCAACUACACCAGACCCUUGUGGAUUUUUGGAAACGCGAUGUGUAGUGUCGUCAUGUACCUGAUGCAGGUUUCGGUGCACGCUACCUCGUUGACUUUGAUGGCUAUGAAUAUCGAUCGGUAUUUUGCAAUCGUCUAUCCACUGAAAUCGAUCCGAUAUCGGACAGCUACUCUCGCAUUAGCGAUAAACAUCUCAAUUUGGAUAGUUUCAGGUUUAAUGUCGAUUCCCAUCGCCAUAUUCUCAACAGUCACGGAUUUUAUGGGACGACCUUACUGCAUUGAGCAAUUUAAAGAUGGCGGUUUUAUGUAUUAUAUAUAUGUUGUAUUUACCACCUACAUAAUCCCUCUCUCUGUACUCAUUGUUUGCAACCUCAACAUGCUACGGCAACUUUGGAAAUCGCGGGAUCAGUUGCGUGACACAACGUUAAGCGAACACUCAAUUAAACAACGCAGAAAGGUUACGAAAAUGAUACUGCUCGUUGUAGCAUUCUUUUUUGUCUGUUGGCUUCCGAUACAUGUAUUGAAUUUUUGGCAGAGGUUGGGCAACAGUAUCAACAAUAACUUAGCGCUGGCAAAAUUGAGAAUAUUUGCUCUGACUCUUGCUUAUAGUAAUUCGUGUGUGAAUCCAUUUGUAUACGCGUUCAUGGGGGAGAACUUUCGAACCUGUUUCAGAAGAGCAUUCCCGAUGUGCAGUAAGUCUAAUCGCGUUGCACACGGUAGCAGUAUGAAUACUUCCCGUACAAGAGAAACAAACCUACAAAAGGCUGCGGUACGCAUCAGACCUGAUGGCUUGUGUUGAACUUUAAAGUAAAACAGGAAUAUAGGUCUAUGUGAAUAACUUAUACUUUUUACAAUUUCCAUGAUGAGUAGCCAUUUAUAUUUAUAUUUUAGUAUCAGAUAGGGCCUAUAUAUAUAUACAUUUCAAAAUACAAUUUUCAUAUGUAACAAUCUGAUUCAUAUUUAUUCAUGUAACUUAUAUCUUGGUAUCUUUUAUUCAACAAAACAAUGUCAUUGCAGUUAACAAUAAAAUUAUGUAACUGAAUUGGGACAAUUUACAGAAAGAUCUAAUCUACGAAUUAAAAAAUUACACUUAUUAUAAAAAAUUAACAUGGUAAUAUAAUUAAAAUGUAAUUAAAAACUACCGCUACUACAAUAUAAUAUAAAAAAACAUUCAAAAAUAUUACUAAAAAUACGUUGAAAUUUACAAUUCUUCACAGUAUAAGAUUUAAUUUACCAAUUAAAAAUAUACAUUUUACACUAAAUUUUAUUAUAUAGACUAACAUAAACAUCAUGUAUACAACAAUUGAUGUAGUGCUAGUCAACAUAACAGUACCAUAUACACAUCUUUAUCUAGUUGGUAAUGCAUAUAGCAUCAUAAUAUAAUGACUACGUUAAUAAUUGAUCAUUAUUUUAGAAGUCUGGAUUUUCGGUGUUCUUAGUUUACUACUGUUUAGUCGCUGAUGGCGCUGUACCAAGGUAGGCCUAUUGAAAGGAAACUGACGCAACAGCUUUUUAUAAGAUUGUAAGUAGAUAUCAAGCAUGUUUUGUAGACGAACUAUUUUGCAAAACUGAGUUUUGAAUCAGCUUCAGGUAGAACACCGUAUAAGAAUAUUAAUAAUAGGCCUAUACAUAAUUUUGUAUCCAUUGCCGCUAUUUCUGAGGCUUACAUCCAUGAUAUGAUUAACAUACAGUAAUUAUGUUACUGUUUGCAUAUAAUUAUUAUGAAAGGUACAAACAAGAAUCAGAUAUUGUUUUUUAAUGUAAAUAUUUGUAAAGAAUUAUAUCAAUAUUUUAUAAUAUUAAGCUAAAAUAAAAUGAAUGAUCUUGCUCAUCAAAAUUAUUAUCGUAAAUUUGUAUGCCUUUUGUCUAUUCAUGUAAUUGAAUUGUCAUAAAUGUUUAUUUCUAUUUGUAUAAGAUGGGAAUUGAAUUUUCACUUUAGCAGCCCCAAUAUAAGAAAAGUGUAUUAAAUUGUUGGUUUUUUUUUUGUUUUUUUUUAUGUGUAGGCCUAUCUUGAUGGUCAAUUUAAUUUAAAUGUUACAUAUAAUUGAAAUAAAAUAAAUGUAUGUGUGUGUCAAUCUUGUUAUCCGUUUUCAAUAAUUCCUUUCUGGUACUUCUACGAUGAGAAAGUGUACCAAUUCCAACUUAAAGUAGACCUAAUAUUACAUAUACUUCAGA